ACACGUAUUGUUUUAUUUUGAGUGUGUUGUUAUAACUCGUAUAAUAAUAUAUGAAAAAAAAAACAACACCACAGUUUUUCUAGCUCAGAGCAGCUCAGAGUCAAUCAAAGAGUUACAAGUCAGUUUAACUUUGAACGUGCUAGGAAGUUGACGUGUUAAAUUAGUGAUCAUUUAUUCGACCACACCCACACAAUAAUUUAUUGUCAAUAAAAACAACUGCAUCAUGGCAUCAUCUCAAUAUUAUCAUGUCCAGUGUACACCAACUGUAUAUCCAGCAGAUCCAUUUAAUCCAGAAGAAGAUGCACAAUUAUUACGUACAGCCAUGAAAGGUUUUGGAACUGAUGAGCAAGCUAUUUUAGAUGUUCUAUCAAAACGUGGUAUUGUACAACGUCUUGAAAUUGCUGAUAAAUUCAAAACAAUGUUUGGCAAAGAUCUUGUCUCUGAUCUUAAAUCUGAAUUGGGUGGUAAUUUUGAAAAAGCAAUUAUUGCAUUGAUGACACCAUUGCCAGAGUAUUUUGCUAAAGAAUUAAACAAUGCAAUGUCGGGUAUUGGAACUGAUGAAAGUGCCAUUAUUGAAGUACUUGCAUCACUAUCAAACUAUGGAAUUAAAACAAUUUCAUCAGUAUACAAAGAUCUUUAUGGAAAUGAGCUUGAGGAAGAUCUUAAAGGUGAUACAUCUGGACAUUUUAAACGUCUUCUUGUCUCUCUAUCAUGUGCAAGCAGAAAUGAAGAUCCAAAUAUUGAUGUUGCUGCUGCUGUUGAAGAUGCAGAACGUCUUUUUCAAGCUGGUGAAGGUCAAUGGGGAACUGAAGAAAGUACAUUUAAUCAAAUAUUAAUUACCAAGAGUUUUCCACAAUUGCGUAGAAUUUUCCAAGAGUAUGAAAAAAUAUCUGGUAAAAGUCUUGAGGAAGCUAUUGAACGAGAAUUUUCUGGAGCACUUGAAAAAGGCUAUCUUGCUGUUGUAAAAUGUGCAAGAGACAAGACAGCAUAUUUUGCUGAAAGACUUCAUGAUUCAAUGGCUGGUAUUGGAAGUGAUGAUGCAACUCUCAUACGGAUUAUUGUUACUCGUUCGGAAAUUGACUUGGGUGAUAUCAAAGAUGCCUAUGAAAACAUGUAUGGAAAAUCACUUGCUGGUGAUAUUGAUAGUGACUGCAGCGAUGAAUUUAAGAGUCUUCUAUUGUCACUAGUCUACUGAACUUCAUGAAAACAUUAAAAAAUAAUUAAUAAUUAAAUUUCAUGCUUUUGUUGAAUAAUAAUAAUAAUUAAACAAUUAAAUAUUUUAUUCAAA